UCCAGCCAUUGGUAUUUCCUGUAUAGUAGUUUUUAAUAUGGCGAAGACUUACGAUUAUUUGUUCAAACUUCUUCUGAUCGGGGAUUCCGGGGUCGGCAAGACGUGCGUACUCUUCAGGUUCUCAGAAGAUGCCUUCAACUCCACCUUUAUAUCCACCAUAGGUAUUGACUUUAAAAUCCGAACAAUAGAAUUAGAUGGCAAAAGAAUUAAACUACAGAUAUGGGAUACAGCUGGACAGGAAAGGUUUCGAACAAUCACUACUGCAUAUUACCGAGGAGCAAUGGGUAUUAUGUUGGUAUAUGAUAUCACCAAUGAAAAAUCUUUUGACAACAUAAAAAACUGGAUACGAAAUAUUGAAGAGUUGGCUUUGGAGUAUGGGAUUAAGUUCAUGGAGACAAGUGCAAAAGCAAAUAUCAAUGUAGAAAAUGCCUUUUUUACUUUGGCAAGAGACAUCAAAGCAAAAAUGGACAAGAAAAUGGAAGGGAAUAACCCUCAAGGGAGUAGUCAGGGUGUCAAAAUCACCCCAGACCAGCAGAAGAAGAGCAGUUUCUUCCGAUGUGUCCUUCUGUGAGGGAUGCUGUCUUAUUGGAGUUCUGUGCUCCACAAACUGGACUGUGCCUGUAUAUGAGUAACCAUCGUCUUCACAGAUACACAACCUUAAACCACCAGCUCUGCCGCAAUCUAGCUUAUCUGAAUAAGAGUGAGAAGCUCUGUCUACCUUAGUAACUGUUUCAACUAGCCGUUCUGGAACAUGUUCUAAGUUUGUACAUUUAUUGUUCCAUUUAUUUUUGUUUAUAUAUUUUAUUUUAUUUUUCCUUACCAUUUGGUUGAUAUAAUCACCGUAUUCCCUGUUUGUUUUUUUUGUUUGUUUUUUUGUUUUUUGCUUUCUUUUAUUUCCCUAUUUUUCUUCAACAUUAAACAAAGUGGUUACCUUUAAGGGGUUGCCUAAGGAGCCAUAUUUAUAUGUUCAUUCUGUUAACCAAAAUUCGUUACCACUUAAAUUUGGAUCCAUAAAUGGCACCUUCUUACAUUCUUGCACACAUACAUAUGUAUGUAUAACAUGCACCUUUUUCUUACAUUCCAGAAUUAGUCUUCCAUAUCAAAUAUGUUGGUAGACAUCAUAAUAAAUUCAUUUUGCUUUAAUUUAAGAGAAAAUCCCAGAUUUCUGUAAUAUAUAUGAGUGAGUGUACAGGAAGUUUCUAAAGAAUAUUGUGAGCUGAUAUCACUUGUUGGGUGUAGUCGUGCCUUUUGAGUUUGAAUUCUCAAAGAAUAGCCAUCUUUCUAGCGUACAUAUGCCUUUUUGUGAAUAUGUUUAGGCAUGAAUAAAAUCGCUGUUUCUCCAUGUUCUGCUCAGGAACAGUUUCAGCAUUAUUUUAAUUUUUGUAAAACAUGCUUACGAUUAUGACCAAAUUAUGUGAAUCCACAAUUUUUAUAAUAUUUUGUUGGAAAACAAUGCAGGAAGCCCAACGUUUUCAUUAAAGUUUUCUUUUUACUAUCCAGGAACCUAUGGUAAUUUAUCAUGGAUGUUAUUUCUUUAAAUGGGUGCAGAAUUUUCUGUUGAUCCCUGGAAAACAGAAUAUCUCAUUCUUUGAACAAAGGAUUCCUGCAUUAUUAGUAAAGCAUUUUUUUGUUUUGUUUCUGUUAAUGACUGCAGAACCCCUGCUUACUCCCAGCAGGCUGUACAGUUUAAUUUAUGAACAUACAUAGAGCUUUUGCCACACAUAAUCUUACGGUGAGUUAUUGCCAUCAGAGAUUUAGUUGUAAAAUGUCAGUGGUGCAUGAAUUACUUUUUUAUUUAAAUUUUUUAGUCAUGUGUGAAUUGUUGGUAAUUCAAAGUAAAUUUCAACUUUUAGGCCAAAAGUAUCUGAAUGGAAAUAAAGUUUACGUGAAUAUUUUUUUUCGCUAUUUGGACCUAAAAUUCAAUUUGAAAUUACCUUGUAACUCACAUUUAGCAAAUAGCCCUGGACGUGAUUUUUGAAUGUCUGCUCCCUGAUUUAUUGGUUCGUGUAAUCACAGUAAUUGACUAUAAACGUUGUGUUUUCUUGAAUCACUUCAUCAGUAAUCAAAUAUCCUUAAAGCACUUUCAUGAACUAAUGCCAAAUCGUACAACACUGUCUCAAGAUCCACCUGAUUUGGAAUAGUUUGUAUCACCAAAGAGUGGGACCAAUGGGCAGAUAUAGUUAAAGGACCAAGCAGGCCAUUAGAUUUUAGCAUUCUCUAGUUUCCAUUCCUUUAUGGGGGAAAAAUACGAUUUUUGAAGAUGCUAACCGACUAGAUGCUAUUGAUCUUCCUUGUUUUCUGAAAACCGCAGAUGUCAAGGUGAAUCUCAGAAAUCACAUGGCUUAACUGGGUGGAAAUUAAAUACAGAGACGCAAAUAUGUAUAGAAUAUUAUGUGUGUGUGUGUGUGUGUACAUAUAUAGACACUUUUCUACUUAAUUGAGGGUACUCGUGUUAGAAUAGACCCUGUUCAAAAUUUGCAAUUGGGAUUAUGGGUGCAAUGCCCUUAGAUCUGGUUCCCGUUGUUUGUU